AUGCGGCAACUCGGCUGGGACACCAACCGAGACUGGGAAGAUGGAAACGUUAUCAAAGGCAUCAACAUCGACGGCAAGAUCUUAACAAAUCUUCGCUUCGCCGACGACAUUGUCCUCUUCGCCAACAACACCUCCGACCUGUCAUCCAUGCUCAACGAUCUAGACGCCGUCGGAAAGAAGAUCGGACUCCAGAUGAACGAGAAGAAAAACGCAGUGGAUGAGGAACCGCUUCUGCGACCAAGGCAACGUCACCCUCGAAGGACGAGACCUGCUUGAAGUCAACUCCUACGUAUAUCUCGGCCGAGAAGUCAACAUGACGAACGAUUUAAAAACCAGAGAUAGCAAGACGCCGACGAGCUGGAUGGGCCGCGUUUAACUCCAUAAAAAGAAGUUACCAACCAGCUGAAAGACCCAAAAACUGCGAGCGCAUAUCUUCGAAGCAUCCGUCAUCCCCGCCAUCUCCUACGCGACUGAAGUUUGGCCUGACACGAAGAACACCACGACCGCCCUACGAACAUCUUACCGCGCAUUGGAACGUGCACUCCUCGGUACCACUCGCCUCGAACAGUGGAAAAAAGAACAGACGAGCACAGACCUCCGUCAGCGGUCCCAAAUCCAGGACCUCGAAGAGCACAUUCAACGCGGGAAGCAUCGCUGGGGAGGCCACGUCAUUCGCAGACAAGAUGACCGCUGGUCGACGAGAACGACCCACUGGAUCCCGAGAAACAUCAAGCGCCCACCGACCAGAUGGACGGACUACUUUCGCAAGAACAUCAGUCAACCAGGCCGCCACUGGAUGACCGUUGCGCAAGACCGGGCCGCCUGGAGAACGUGUGGUCCACGCUGAGAACAUCGCCAGCGAAGAUGGACCAUCAAAGUAAGUAAGUAAGUAACUUUGGGACUGCCAUUUUGGAAUUUCAACUUUGGGACUGCCAUUUUGGAACUUCAACUUUGGGACUGCCAUUUUGGAACUUCAACUUUGGGACUGCCAUUUUGGAAUUUCAACUUUGGGACUGCCAUUUUGGAGAUUCAACUUCGGGACUGCCAUUUUGGAGUUUCAAAUUUGGGACUGCCAUUUUGGAGAUUCAAAUUUGGGACUGCCAUUUUGGAGAUUCAGCUUUGGGACUGCCAUUCUGGAGAUUCAAAUUUGGGACUGCCAUUUUGGAGAUUCAGCUUUGGGACUGCCAUUCUGGAGAUUCAAAUUUGGGACUGCCAUUUUGGAGAUUCAGCUUUAGGACUGCCAUUUAAAAAUUGUCUUCCUCUUCUUUUUUUUGAAUGAUUGACUUCCUAAGUUCAUUAAAUUUUUGGUUUUAGGAAGUUUAGGAAUGUCACUUGAUAUACGCCGUGAAUUUUCUAAAUUUGGAAAAAAGUAACAAAAUUCUACAACUUGGCUAUAUUUUUACCCAAUAAAAGCAACUCAUAAAUUUUAGAGGGAUGGAAACGUGAGUGCCCAAACACUGUACAACUUAGCAGAAUGUUACGAAAUACUCGGAGGCAACAUCAUCUUGCGACCCAGCUACGACCUUCUCCCAAAUAAGCCGAACCGAAGGCCCAGCAACACUUUGGACCCACCACCCCUUAAUACAUCUGUUAGUGGAUAGUGUGUAACAAGACGUAUUUCAAUUUUUGCAGGAUGCUGCUGAAAACUUUGAUUUUUCGAGGCUCAUCGCAUUGGCGUUGGCCAAAGCCAUUCAUGAAGGUUUUUGUCGAUUUUUUGAAUCUGUUUUGUAACUGAAAAAAAUGUGGUUUUCUGAAAAAUUGCGUCACGUUUGAAAAAUUCAUAUUUCAUAACUAAUUCAAAGGUAUUGACUUUUUUUAUGUUUCGAAUAUUGCAAAUACAUUUUAUCUUCAAAUUCCUGGAUUUGAUAAUUCAUUAUUGAAACUUUGGGGCUGACGUUUUGAUCGAGAAAUAGUGAAAAGUCAAUGUAUGUAGAUUUUUAUCAAAAAUUUUAACUUUAAAGUGAGUUAUCGACAUUUUUUUGAAUUAAAUUUGAUUUAACACAGUUUCUUAAUAUAUUUUGAAUGUUUUUGCAGCUUUAUUGUGUCAUUCAACAGCCGGACUUCCGUAUGUCUCCAUUUUCGAAUACGCUUCGCAUUCAGGGUCGCCCAUCGUCAAAGUUGGGCACGCUGUUCGUUUUCCGGCUUGAAAUCCAAAAAUUCGUCCAUUUAAGAAUAGUGGUUUCCUACGCGGUUACAAAACGGUCUCAGAAGGGUGGACAGAAGAGGAACGAGAACUGGAAUUAUAUAGAAACGACACAGAAUUGAAGGUUUCUUUCAAAUCAAAAUUUUUUUACAAGUACAUGUUCUGAGAGUAUUCAUCGUGCGUUGAUGGAGGUUCAAGUCGAUUUUCAACCUGAGGUAGAUCUUAAAGGCAUAGGGGCAGUAAAAAAUGGGUUUUCAGGUGAAAGCAGUAUCUUAUACAGUUUUUCUUUGCGAAUCGAAUGGUGUUCUCAAAAAAAUUACAGAUGUGACAACUUUAGAAGAAAAACGCGACUUUACUUUCCCGCCUUUAAUUUUGAAAAAAGCUUUGGAUCGGUAUGCAGACAACUGUUUACAGUAGCCGUGCACGCGAUGUUGCGGACGUCUCAUUAGACUCGCAUUUUGGCAGAAAAAACCGGCUAUAUGUUUCAAAUCAAGGGUUUCUACUCUGAAAAAUCGAUUAAGAAAACAGAAAACACACACCGAUAAUAAAAAAAACACAAAUAAUCGCUAUCCCAAUCGAAACCUGUGUAAAAUCAUCAUUUUUCACCAGAGAAGCAUUUUUGCGAUCAAAGUUUGCAAAUUAUACAUGAAUAGAAAGCUUUUGUGACGAAAAGAACUUUGGUGACAACACAAAAAAUUGAAAUUUGAAAGAAACGAAGAAAAAAGCAAAAAUCCGGAUGAUGGCGAAGCGUGUUGUCCAUGGAGCAACUUUACUGCGAAACGCCUUUUUGGCGGAAACUCAAGCUUUCCUUUCUCCGACUUUGAAUUAUUAUUUUUUUGUAGAGUUUUUUUCAUUAUAAUUAUAAUUAUAAUGAAAAAAACUCUACAAAGUAGUGAUUCGAACUGAAACACCGUUUUUCACUGCCCCUAUGCCUUUAAACAUUUUUUUUGACAAUGACUCAUAGAACUGUUGGAAAAAAUGAUUUUUCAGAAGUAUUACACCGGAAAACGUCUCGAAAAAGUGCAACAAAAGCUCGAGUUCGGAAAUUAUUGCAUCUGGAGUUUUGCCAGUCCAAAGUACAAGCUUCACGUGUCGAGGUUGAUCAUAAAAAAAUAAACUUUGUUCAUAGAAAAAAAUGAUUUAUUUUUUUGAAAGGAAAAAAAAUUUUGAAAAAUAGAUUUCGAGUCCCAAUUUUAAAAAUUUUAGCUGGGAAGUUUGGGCGGUCACGGUUGAGUUUUUACUGACUCAUUCUGAAGGAGUAAAGUUAGGAAUUUUUUUAAAUUUAAAGUUUUGAAAAAUUCUAUGUAUUACCCAGGUUACAAUAUUUGUACAUUUGUACAAAAAAAUCGAGAGUAUUUGGAUGCGUAAACGUUUUGAAACUGAAAAAUUUUUUUAAAUUGAAAAAAAUCAAGUUGAAGUGUUUCAAACUUUGAAUACCAUAGGUUUAAAGGAUUUUUAACGAGCUGAAAAAUUUGGAUUCCAACCAAUUAUGUGAAAUUGAUUUAAAAAUUUUUAGCGCGUGCCGACUCUUGUCGAAUGAAGCGACCGAACAGCCAGGCCGUGGGAAGCUCAUUUGCAUCUACACAAGCCUUCAAGAACGAGACUUCUUCGGAAGGUCGUACAGAUUGCCGUCGAAGAGAGCUCCAAGGGAUUCUCAAUCUUGA